CUCAAUCUUCUCCACGUCACUCGCCCGCCGUUGCGUGUCGUCUUCCUCCCCUCCCUCCGCCCCACUUUUCACCAAUUUUGCUUUCACUCUCUCUCCUCUAAUCUAAUCUGCUAUAAAUACCUUCCACCUCCUCCGCUACAUUCCAGACCAGCCGGAAUCACCUUCUUCUUUUAGCCUUCCAGGCGGAAACCAUUCGGUGCUGUUUUGUAGUUUUGUGCUAGAAAGUUGUUGGACAGGCGGCAAUUACUCUGUGGCAUUUGAGUUUAGGAGGUGAGCUGUGAUCUUCGAGACAAUAUUCCGAUUACUUGAGAUAUUGUUUGCAGGAACACAAAGUGAGAAUGGUGACGAGAAGAGUGGACCUUCGAUCAGACACUGUCACUAAACCGACUGAAGCCAUGCGGGCUGCAAUGGCGCAUGCUGAAGUUGAUGAUGAUGUAUUGGGCUAUGAUCCAUCUGCUGCUCACCUCGAGAGCGAGAUGGCGAGGAUAAUGGGGAAGGAGGCAGCAUUGUUUGUCCCUUCAGGAACAAUGGCCAAUCUUAUCUGCGUAUUAACUCACUGUCAGAUCAGGGGAAGUGAAGUCAUUCUGGGAGACUAUUCACACAUACAUAUAUAUGAAAACGGAGGGAUUUCUACCAUAGGCGGUGUUCAUCCAAGGACAGUGAAGAAUAAUGAUGAUGGAACAAUGGACAUCGACUUAAUUGAAGAAGCUAUUCGGGACCCCAAUUUUGACAUAUGUUUUCCAACUACCCGGCUAAUUUGCUUGGAAAAUUCACAUGCACAUUCUGGAGGAAGAUGUCUGUCGGCUGAAUAUACAGACCAAGUUGGAGAGCUUGCAAAGAAGCAUGGGUUAAAGCUUCACAUUGACGGGGCUCGUAUUUUUAAUGCGUCAGUGGCACUCGGAGUCCCUGUACAUAGGCUUGUAAAGGCUGCAGAUUCAGUAACUGCUUGCCUAUCGAAAGGUCUUGGUGCUCCAGCUGGAACAAUUAUUGCAGGUUCAAAGACCUUCAUUGCUAAGGCGAGAAUCCUCCGGAAGACACUAGGUGGUGGUAUGAGACAGGUGGGUGUUCUAUGUGCUGCUGCAAUGGUUGCAGUAGAAGAAAACGUCGGCAAGCUUGAAAGUGAUCACAGGAAGGCUAAGAUUUUGGCAGAAGGGUUGAACAAUAUCAAAGGAUUAAAGGUCGACCCAACUACCGUCGAGACUAAUAUUGUGUAUUUUGAUAUUCUGAAGGAUGUGUGCAUCACAGAAGUUGAACUAUUAAAAAAUCUGGAAGAGCAUGGCAUACAUGCCAUGGCAGAAGGUCCACGCAAGAUUAGGUUUGUCAUUCACCAUCAGAUCUCGGAGAGCGACGUGCAGUACACGCUUUCUUGCAUUCAGAAGGCUCUAAAUAGCCUUAAAAACAUCGCUAACUGAGGCUGAGGCUGAGGCUGAGGCUUCAACAUUAUCCUAUGCUUCCGCUCCGAAGCUCUUAAGUUAAUUUAUGAUUGUAUUAAAGAUGGUGUUCUAUAUAUUAUGUUAUGUUACUAAAUUUGCUGCCUUUUGAGUUAUGGUCACAUUACAGAUAUUAUGUUAUGGUAUGGUGCGGUAUGGAAUUAGCUAUAGAAUAAACACACAGCAAAUUCUUUAUUCAA